AUUCUCGUGCAAGUUCAGCGCGAAUGACUGCGAGAGUAGCCCCUUACCUCUCUUCAGCAAUGAAGAGUUUGUGAAUUUUGUCUCGUCGUAAUAUUGGAAUUUUUUUUAUUAGAAUAAUCAUGAUGUCCAAAGCUGCAGUGGGCCUUGCCGUCGGCAUUGCUGGAAUUUUCGUGGGUUACUGCUUUUAUUUCGAUCAAAAGCGCCGCAGCGAUCCUGAUUUCAAAAAGAAACUUCGGGAACGUAGACGAGCCAAAAAACAAGCACAACAAAAAGCUUCCUCAAAGAUUUUAGAUUUAAGAGAUCAUGAAGUUGUGCAGAAAUUCUUCUUGCAAGAGGUGCAACUCGGGGAAGAAAUGCUUGCUUACGGUGACGUAGACAGUGGAAUUGAACAUUUGGCCAAUGCAGUAGCUGUAUGUGGCCAACCGACUCAGUUGUUACAAGUUCUCCAAAAGACCUUGCCACCGGAUGUUUUCAAGACUCUGGUACAGCGACUACCAUCGGUGGGCCAGAAACUAGUAAUGCAAACUCAGAUGGCAGAGGAGGAUGUCGAAUAGAUUAAUAUAAAAUUUCGUUGACAUUUCUUGAAUAAAAUCGACACUAGUGAAAAGUCUA